UUGAAAUUAUAUACAAUAAUGUGUAAUACUCUGGAAUAAAGAUGGAAGAAUUAUCUGGCAAUGGUGUUUUCAGUGAGCAUGUUAACCAAAGAGAUCUACCAAAGCUUCAUCCACCAACACCAACGAAAUCUAAAUAUUUAACUGACACCAUCCAGGAGCUAGAAAAACUUUUAAAAGAAGAACAGCACCAACAAGUAAAAGAAAUAAUAAGAUUCUGCCACUGGCAGAUUAACCAUCCCAUCAGACAGAAUUUAUGGGUAACAAUAUGUAAUUAUCACAACAACAAAAAUGAACAUGGAGAAGGAUAUUAUUGCAGCAAAAUGAAUGAACUAUUAGGAGAUCUGAAGAUGCCACCAAGCCUGCCAUCAUUUGUUGAUCCAGCCUAUUGCAUGUACUACUUUCUGAACAAGUCUGGACAGCAGGCAGUAGAGCGAGUCUUGUACAUACUGGCUGAUCUUAGUCCAUUCAUAAUGUAUUGUCCGCUAGCUUAUCCUCUAGCAAGUAUCUUCAUGCACUACCUUUCUGAAGAGGAGGUCUUCUGGGCUUUAUACAAGUUGAUGACUUCAAAAACAGAGAAGUUUCUUAGUUGCACUCGAAUGGACCAUGAAGUUAAGUGUCAUGCUCUGGUCCAACUCACAAGAAAGUUUGCUAAAGAGGCUUACACACAUCUCAAGAAAGGCUUGAAAGAGAGGGAAAACUUGGCCUUGCUGUUUUUGGGUUGGCAAUGGUGGAUUUUUAAAGCCCUGCCUUUUCAUUAUCUUGUCCGAGUGAUAGACUGUUUUGUUUUUGAAGGAAGUAAGGUACUUUUUCGUGUUGCUCUGGCUAUUCUCGUUCUAUACGGCAAACAUUCAAGAAAUGAUUCUGAUGAAGAAGGAGGGGGUACCCUGCAAAAAAUUUUGCAGUUUUGUCAGGAUAUUCCUGUUGAAGUUGAAAAACUUUUAAAGGUUGCAUUUGGCAUUAGAGGUUUAAGCCGAAAAGAAAUAGCUAAACAGUUGUUGAAGGCAGAAAUGUUCCUGAAGAGUCAGCCUGUUCGAGGACGAUCUGCUUCUAUGGAUGGAUCAUCUCCUGAGUCAGUAUCACAUCUUGCUUUGAAUGAGCCUAACAAACUGAAGAGUGAUACCAGGGCUUUGUCUGUAGGAAUGGUACCUCUAGGAAGUUUCAAAUCAUCCAUCUUAUCUCCUGAACAUUUGACCCAGCUAUGGGGUUGGUUGCCUGCAAGGAUUACUAUGUCCCAACCAGUUGUCCUCUUUUCCACCAAUGAACAUGGUAGCAGCCUAAUAUCUUUCUUUAAGAAAGUAGAGGAGUGGGAACCAACCAUUUUGGCUAUCAAAGCUGAUAAUGAUGAGGUGUUUGGUGCGUACUGUUCUGUGAAUUGGGCUGAAAGAAACAGACAAGAUGAAAAUGGAAAAAAAUGUAUAUACUUUGGUACUGGGGAGACAUUUUUGUUUACUAUUAUACCUGAAUUUCACCAGUAUACAUGGGUUGGUCUAUCUUCAUCGACUGAAGUUUCAUACUCUGCCAACUUGUUCAUGGUAGCUGACAACACAAUGGUUGGUGUCGGAGGAGGAAAUGGCCAAGCUCUUUGGCUGGACCAGUCUCUCUAUCAAGGAAAAACAGAACAUUGUGAUACAUUUAACAAUCCACCGUUGUGCAGCAAGACUGAUUUCACUUGUAAGGUACUUGAGGUGAUUGGAUUUAAAUAGGAAAACCACCACUAAUAAUUUAUUAUAUGUGGUGUUUUGAUUAUACAGUUGUAAUGUUAUACAAAUGUAUGUAUACCUUUUACAGAAUUUAAAAAGAUUGUAACUAAUACAUUUGGUUUAAGAUCGUGGACAAUUUCAGUAAUGUAUUGAAUUUUAUCCAAAUGGUCAUCAAACUUCAGAAGUGAUUAUAUAUAUAUAUAUAAUUAAACUAAUUUUAAGGUUGAAAAUCAGCAGUCAAUGUGAUAACCAUGGUAAUCUAAGUUAAUAUUUGUAUAUUGCAUUAAUUCCAAUGUAGAUUGAAUUUUGAUGUUAUUUAUCAUUUGUGGGUUAUAUGAGACAAAGUUGUUUUUGUAAUGAUUAAUUCAUCAGUUGUAUGGAAAUCCUUUGUGUUAAAAACAAGUGAAUUGUUUAUUUGAUACUACAGAAUACAGGCACUUACUUAUGUUUGUUAGUUUGUAUACAGUCAUACUAGUCAUUCCAUGCGUGUCACAAUGUGUACCAUUCUUUGAUAUCUGAAUUUGUUAUUCAGUACUAAUGAACGUUGUAUUGGAAAUUUUAGUUUACACUACUAAGUUUUCUUAAAUCCACACUAUAAGUUACUUAAGAUUAUGCUGCUAAUUUAUAAAUAUCAAUGAUACCUCAAAUUAAUGAUCUUGAUACCAUUAACGUGUAGGAUUUUCAUAAUAGAAACCACAAUAAACUUGUGAGAUCUAUUCAAUGAAACAGUUCAUGGAAAGCUGUAUAUACCCUAGGUUUUAUAAAAAACAAUAACUUUCAAUCUUCUCUCAUUACAAAUACACAGAAUACAAGCAUGCUGACUGUUAACCAGACUAUCCAACAGUAUGUUACUGUAAACCAUGUUAUCAGAUGUCUGUACCCAUAACUCUAUAAACCACACUAUCCAGCAGUAUGUUACUUUACCUGUUACUGUAAACCAUGUUAUCAGAUAGCUGUACCCAUAACUCUAUAAACCAGACUAUCCAACAGUAUGUUACUGUAAACCAUGUUAUCAGAUAGCUGUACCCAUAACUCAAUAAACCAGACUAUCCAACAGUAUGUCACUGUAAACCAUGUUUUCAGAUAGCUGUACCCAUAACUCUAUAAACCAGACUAUCCAACAGUAUGUUACUUUAUCUGUCACUGUAAACCAUGUUAUCAGAUAGCUGUACCCAUAACUCUAUAAACCAGACUAUCCAGCAGUAUGUUACUUUACCUGUCACUGUAAACCAUGUUAUCAGAUAGCUGUACCCAUAACUCUAUAAACCAGACUAUCCAGCAGUAUGUUACUUUUCCUGUCACUGUAAACCAUGUUAUCAGAUAGCUGUACCCAUAACUCAAUAAACCAGACUAUCCAGCAGUAUGUUACUGUAAACCAUGUUAUCAGAUGUCUGUACCCAUAACUCAAUGAACCAGACUAU